UAUCAAGUUGCGUGACUGGUCCGGCCGGUGCAGCCCCGCUAGCCCGACGCCCGCGCCUCCAUUCCGCCGGCAACGGCGCGGCGCGCCCCCAUUCGUCGCCAUGGCUCUGCGCUCGCAGCUACUACGCAACGUACUGAAUGGCACUCAAGUUCGUCAUUUACACGAAGUGAAGAGGCAAGAAAGAGCUGGUGUAGCUAAGCUCCGAGAUGUGUUAGAGGACCGCUUGCAAGAAAUCAAGAGGGCUAAGACUUGGAAACAUGAGAGGGUGCUCACAUCGCCGCAAGACACUAGGGUGCGGGUCCAAGGUGCUCAAGGAGAAUUUCUGAACUUCUGUGCCAACAACUAUUUAGGCUUAUCGAAUCAUCCUGAAGUCGUUGAAGCGGCUAGAGAAGGUUUGAAGAAAUAUGGCGCCGGCUUGAGCUCAGUGAGAUUUAUCUGCGGUACUCAAAGUAUACACAAGGAGCUAGAGAACCGCCUGUCUCAGUUCCACGGCCGCGAAGACACAAUCCUUUACGGGUCUUGUUUCGACGCCAACGCAGGCCUGUUCGAGUCCAUGCUGACGCCUGAAGACGCGGUGUUCUCGGACACUUUGAACCACGCGUCCAUAAUAGACGGGAUCAGGCUCUGCAAGGCGCAGAAAUACCGAUACCCUCACAGAGAUUUGACCGAAUUGGAGCACUUGUUAGCGCACAGCGAAGCAAGAAUCAAGCUUAUCGUAACAGACGGGGUAUUUUCCAUGGACGGGACUGUGGCUCCAAUAAAAGGUCUGAGGGAUCUGGCGGAUAAAUAUAGAGCUUUAUUAGUAGUUGAUGACAGCCAUGCGACCGGCUUCUUCGGGGAAACCGGCCGAGGCACUGAAGAGUAUUGCGGUGUUAUGGGGGCGGCGGAUAUCAUCUGCUCGACCCUGGGCAAAGCAGUGAGUGGAGCGGCUGGCGGCUAUACAACCGGACCGAAAGAGCUGGUCACAUUACUUAGGAACGUGUCCAGGCCCUAUCUCUUCUCGAACGCGCCUCCACCUCCCGUGGUGGCAGCCUCUUUAAAGUCUCUAGACUUGGUAGAACGUAGCGGAGAACUACGUCAACGUCUACGCCAGAACACGACAGCUUUCCGUGAAGGAUUGAAGGCGGCCGGCCUCACUGUGGCAGGAGACGACCAUCCCAUUUGUCCGGUAAUGGUUGGAGAAGCAUCACUGGCUGUGGACUUGGCUUCAGGAAUGUUAGAGCGUGGUGUCUACGUGGUCGCCUUCAGCUACCCCGUGGUGCCGAAGGGCGCGGCGCGAGUGCGGGUGCAACUGAGCGCGGCGCACUCGCCCGGUGACGUCACCCGAGCGGUGCAAGCCUUCGCAGAGGUCGCUAAAAACGUAGGCAUCGUUAAGAAUUAAUAUUUUAAAAUUCGAAACUAAUUUCUUAACGUUUUUAGGAACAUUUAAAAAAAAA